AUGACUUCUGACCACUGCGGUUCUCCCCUCUGUGGGCAGGUUUCAGAGGCUGAGCCUGCCUCUCUGGGCCUCUUGGCUACCCUGGCACAUGCCAACCGCGUCCGUGUGGGGAUGACCCCUCUGGGCAGACCCAACCUCUGUCUGCCCCAGAGCUGCCACACCGCUUGUCCCUUGCCAGGGACCUGCCACAUUCCAGGCAACAUUGGAAUCUGUGGGGCCUAUGGUGAAGGCGCCCUGAACGGGCACGAGAAGGAGACCAUGCAGUUCCUGAACGACCGCCUGGCCAACUACCUGCAGAAGGUGCGCCAGCUGGAGCAGGAGAACGCGGAGCUGGAGACCAAGAUCCGGGAGUGGAGCAAAUGCCACGAGACCACCGUGUGCCCCAACUACCAGUGCUACUUCCGCACCAUCGAGGAGCUCCAGCAGAAGAUCCUGUGCACCAAGUCUGAGAACAACAGGCUGGUUGUUCAAAUCGACAGUGCCAAGCUGGCUGCAGAUGACUUCAGGACCAAGUACCAGAUGGAGCACUCACUCCACCAGCUGGUGGAGGCUGACGUCUGUGGCCUGCGCAGGGCGCUAGAUGACCUCACACUCGCCAAGUGUGACCUGGAGGCCCAGGUGGAGUCCCUGAAGGAGGAGCUGCUCUGCCUCAAGAAGAACCACGAGCAGGAAGUGAACACGCUGAAGUGCCAGCUGGGAGACAAGCUCAGCAUCGAGCUGGACACCGAGCCCUCCGUGGACCUGGGCAGGGUGCUGGAGGAGAUGCGGUGCCGGUACGAGGCCAUGGUGGAGACCAACCGCCAUGAUGUGGAGCAGUGGUUCCAAGCCCAGUCGGAGGGCAUCAGCCUGCAGGCCAUGUCCUGCUCAGAGGAGCUGCAGUGCUGCCAGUCAGAGAUCCUGGAGCUGAGAUGCACAGUGAACGCCCUGCAGGUGGAGCUUCAGGCUCAGCACAACCUGAAGGACUGUCUGCAGAACUCCCUGUGCGAGUCCGAGGCCCGCUACGGCACUGAGCUGGCCCAGAUGCAGACCCUGAUCAGCACCGUGGAGGAGCAGCUGGCCGAGAUCCGGGCCGACCUGGAGCGGCAGAACCAGGAGUACCAGGUGCUGCUGGACGUCAAGGCGCGGCUGGAGGGCGAGAUCAACACGUACCGGGGCCUGCUGGAGAGCGAGGACUGCAAGCUUCCCUGCAACCCAUGCACGACCCCAGCCUCCAGCACCCCCUGUCCAGCCCCUGCAGCCUGCAGCACCUGCUCUCCCUGCCUUGCCCGGCCUCCACAGGCCUCCUGUGGACCCUGCUCAUUGCCCGGAUGA